GAGGGACACUGAGGCACAGAGAGGAGAAGAGGCCCACGCAGGGUCACUUCACCAGGUGGCAGAGCCAGGACUAGAAGCCAGGACUCCUGACUGUGGUCCAGUGUUCUUUCGGGUGUCCAAAGUGCUGCCAAAGCCCACAGGGCCUGGGCGGAAGCUCCCCUCUCUGGAUGGCUCCUGGCACAGGAGAUGAGGUCCAAGGCCCUGGCCCCUCCUCCCCACAGCUCUCCCUGCAAGACCUCAGGGGUCAGAAACAGAUCCCUCAAUCUCCGGAGUCUAGGGCCCAGAGGAAAUGGCAGGGUAGUCAGGGCCCAUGGUGGAGGGGGGGGGGGUGCCCCCCAUUUCAGCCCUGGUCUCAGCUCAACGCCCCGCACCCCCGGAAGGAAUUAGAGGCUGGACUGUGCUGCCUGCUGCUCAUGGGCAGAUUACGAGAAGGGGGCCAAGACAAGGGUUCCUUUGUGGAGGCCCUGGCUUAGGGAGUCAAGUGACCACUUAGCACACACGUGGGCAGUGCCAACCCCUAAGUGGGCAGGGACACUGGCCAGAGGACCCCAGAGAGUCCCAUCAGUCCUGUGGCCAGACCUUUUGUGGGAUCGCCUGACCAGCCUGGAGCCCCAACUCACCCAAGCCCACCUGCUGCAGCUCAGUGCCUGGCCAUGACCGUCACCUACUCAAGCCAAGUGGCUAAUGCCCGUUUAGGCUCCUUCUCCCGCCUGCUGCUGUGCUGGCGAGGCAGCAUCUACAAGCUGCUCUAUGGCGAGUUCCUCAUUUUCCUAAUCUGCUACUACAUCAUCCGCUUCAUUUACAGGAUGGCCCUCACGGACGAUCAGCAGGUGAUUUUUGAGAAGCUGACUCUGUAUUGCGACAGCUACAUCCAGCUCAUCCCCAUUUCCUUCGUGCUGGGCUUCUACGUGACACUGGUCGUGACCCGCUGGUGGAACCAAUAUGAGAACCUGCCAUGGCCCGACCGCCUCAUGAACCUGGUGUCGUGCUUCGUCGAGGGCAAGGACGAGCAGGGCCGGCUGCUGCGGCGCACGCUCAUGCGCUACGCCAACCUCGGCAACGUGCUCAUCCUGCGUAGCGUCAGUGCUGCGGUCUACAAACGCUUUCCCAGUCCCCAACACCUGGUGAAAGCAGGCUUUAUGACCCCCUCGGAACACAAGCACUUACAAAAACUGAGCUUGCCACACAACUCAUUCUGGAUGCCCUGGGUGUGGUUUGCCAACCUGUCAACGAAGGCCUGGAUUGGAGGGCGAAUCCGGGACCCUGUCCUGCUCCAGAGCCUGCUCAACGAAAUGAACACCUUGCGUACUCAGUGUGGACAGCUGUAUGCCUACGACUGGAUCAGUAUCCCACUGGUGUACACUCAGGUGGUGACCGUGGCGGUAUACAGCUUCUUCCUGGCUUGCCUGAUUGGGCGGCAGUUUCUGAACCCAGCCAAGGCCUACCCCGGCCACGAGAUGGACCUCGUCGUACCCCUCUUCACAUUCCUGCAGUUCUUCUUCUAUGCUGGCUGGCUGAAGGUGGCAGAGCAGCUCAUCAACCCGUUCGGAGAGGAUGAUGACGACUUUGAGACCAACUGGAUUGUCGACAGGAGUUUGCAGGUAUGAGGGGAGGAAGAGAGCCCGUCCCAUGGCCCCUCCCCAAGCUGGACCCAGGGAGGGGGCCCCACGGUGAAUCGCCCAACCAUUUACUCACAGGAUUCUCAGCCUAACUUUUUUUUUUUUGCGGUACGCGGGCCUCUCA